AUGACGUUCAAGAUCCGCCCCCGCGUCGCGCUCGCGUCCCUCGUCGCCGCCGCCGCCGCCGCCGCCGCGCUCCUCGCCGUCCCCGGAGCCGCCGCGGAGUGCGCGCCCUUUUGCGCGCAGGUCGAGCCCGACGCCCGCGCGGAAGUAACGCGCUGCGACGCGUGCGGCGACGACCCCGCCGCCGCGUUCGACGAAACGCGCGCGGCGUGCGAGGAGGAUGGCGAGGUGUGCUGCGAGGACUGGUGCCGCUGGGUCCCGUCCGCGACGCGACCGGUCGUCGCGCUGUGCGAAGGCUGCGAGGAGGAGGACUUCCCACGAGGCGUUGGGUGCGCGUCGUGGUGCGGGUUCGUCCCGGAGGCGGUGCACGGCGUCGUGCCGCCGUGCGCGCGCUGCGGCGGCGGCGACGACGACGACGACGACGACGACGGUGCCCUGAAGUAG